GGGCUUAAUUUUCGAGCCCAUUUUGACCGAAAAGGGCAAAUUUUACUGAUUCCGCAUGAAUUAACACUUCUUUAUUCUAGGGCCUGCCAACUGCACCUUUCACUAUAAGGUGACUGGAGUGAUUCGUACUAAUGUCAUUGUUACGAGAGGCGGAGCGUUGCAUCGCCAAUCAAGAAGCGCACCAUGCGCUGAAUGCAUUUAUCAGUCGAUUGCAACCGGCCCAGGAGCUGGGCGCUGUAAAGAGCGCUGAAGAACGACGGACUGCAGGAAAAUCAAGAUCUCCAAUUGACGGGAAAUUGGUUGCAAUAAAAGAUAAUAUCGUCACGACCUCUUAUUCUAAUACUUGUGCGUCUGGUGUUCUCAAAGGCUUUCGAAGCCCUUUCAAUGCGAGUGUGGUGGAAAGACUUAAGAAUGCUGGUGCGGUCAUUGCUGGAAAGACCAAUCUGGAUGAGUUUGGCAUGGGUUCGCAUUCAAUAAACUCCUCUUUUGGCGCGGUAAAGAGCCAGUAUUCGCGCAAUGGCCACGAGCUCUCUGCCGGUGGAAGCUCUGGCGGAAGUGCUGUAGCGGUCGCAACAUCACAAUGCUAUGCUGCUUUAGGCACGGAUACAGGAGGGUCGGUCCGGCUUCCGGCUUCGUACACUGGCACUGUUGGCUUUAAGCCGUCGUACGGUCUCAUAUCAAGGUGGGGCGUGGUUGCAUAUGCAAAUUCUCUGGAUACAGUGGGCAUCUUAGCCCGCACGACCCAUUCAGCGAAGCAAAUUUUCGACGCGGUCAAUCAUUCUGACACAGCGGACCCGACCAAUCUGACUCUUCGAACGCGUUCUCGAAUUCAGAAAUCCGCAGAACGAGAAAACAUCAAAAAAAAAUUACGUGUUGGAGUACCUUUGGAAUAUAAUAUUGAAGAGUUGAGUCCCAGUAUACGUCGAGCGUGGGUGCGCACUCUAGAGCAUCUCCAGAGUCUUGGGCAUUCUCUUCACGCCGUAUCGCUUCCAGCGACACGUCACGCCCUUUCAGCAUAUUAUGUACUUGCGCCCGCCGAAGUGUCAUCAAACCUGGCGAAAUAUGACGGUGUCCGCUAUGGUGCCCGAGAACCUGGGGAUGACAACCAAGAGGGGGUAUUAUUCUCGGCCACUAGAGGAAACGGCUUUGGCGAUGAAGCGCGUAGACGCAUUCUCCUCGGAUCAUACACAUUGAGCGCCGCUGCAUUUGAUAAUUAUUUUAUCAAAGCACAAAAGAUUCGUAGACUUGUGCAGCAGGAUUUUGACCGAGUCUUUGCGCUUCAGAACCCGCUCCUGACGACCGAUGCGCAACCACCAGAUUCAGAAGCAGUAGAUAUCCUCAUAUGUCCAACUGCUCCGACUAUAGCACCAAGUAUCUCGUCCUUAAAAGCUCAAUCGCCCGUGGAUAAUUACAUGAACGACGUGUUCACGGUGCCGGCCUCUCUUGCCGGCCUUCCAGCCGUCAGCGUACCGGUCCAUGACAACACUGAGUCGUCGAGCGAGCCAGAGACUGUCGGCAUCCAAAUCAUAGGGCAGUAUGGUGACGACAAUUUAGUCCUGCGGGCUGCUUCAAUAAUUGAAGGAUGGCAAGCACCGACGUCAUAAAACGUUGCUCAUUAUGUCCAAUUUCGGCGCAUUGGCUGGCGAUCUCUCCCUGGAAUUUGCACUCCCUGGACUUUGCACUCCCUGGACUUUGCUCAUCUUUCAUACUCGAACGAGGGUGACAUUCCAUUUAUAUUAUGCAUUAGAGGCAGAAGCAGAGGCGUUUGCAUUUAUACCUCAACGGAUC